CGUGGGUUGAGCUAAUAACUGCCACAACUCAUACAGCUGAGUGUCUUCCCAAACAAAGCUGAUGCUCGGGACAGUCAACACCACUGGGAUGCAGGGCUUCAACAAGUCUGAGCGGUGCCCCAGGGACACUAGGAUGACGCAGCUGCUGUUCCCGGCGCUCUAUACUGUGGUCUUCCUGGCAGGCAUCCUGCUGAACUCCGUGGCCCUCUGGGUGUUCGUCCACAUCCCCAGCAACUCCACCUUUAUCGUCUACCUCAAGAACACUCUGGUGGCAGACUUGAUCAUGGCACUAAUGCUGCCUUUCAAAAUCCUUUCUGACUCACACCUCGCGCCCUGGCAGCUCCGAGGAUUUGUGUGCACUUUCUCCUCGGUGGUCUUCUAUGAGACGAUGUAUGUAGGUAUCAUGAUGCUAGGCCUCAUCGCUUUCGACAGGUUCCUCAAGAUCAUCAUACCGUUUAGGAAAACUUUUGUGAAAAAGACAGCUUUUGCGAAAACAGUCUCCAUUUCUGUCUGGUCCCUGAUGUUCUUCAUCUCCCUGCCAAACAUGAUCUUGAACAAGGAGGCAACGCCAUCAUCCGUGAAGAAGUGUGCAUCUUUAAAGAGUCCCCUGGGGCUGCUGUGGCAUCGGGUGGUCAGUCACACGUGCCAGUUCAUUUUCUGGGCUGUGUUUAUUCUGAUGCUUCUGUUUUAUGUGGUGAUUGCCAAAAAGGUAUACAAUUCCUACAGGAAGUUUAAGAGUAAAGACAGCAAGCACAAGCGGCUGGAGGUGAAGGUAUUUAUCAUCAUGGCUGUCUUCUUUGUCUGCUUUGCCCCACUGCAUUUUGUCAGAAUACCAUACACCUACAGUCAAACCACCAAUAAGACGGACUGUAGAUUAGAAAACCAGCUGUUCAUUGCUAAAGAAGCGACUCUCUUUCUGGCAACAACUAACAUUUGUAUGGACCCCUUAAUAUACAUAAUUUUAUGUAAGAAGUUCACACAAAAGGUACCAUGUAUAAGGUGGGGAAGGGCAAGGACAGCAGGGUCAAGUGAAGAGCACCACAGUAGUCAGACAGACAACAUCACCCUAGCCUGACCCCCGGUGCCCCACGGGUUAAUUUCAUGCGUGGCCUCAUGUCUAUUAAUGGAUGGGACUUCAAAAGAUCACUUAUGUGGAGACUUCAUUUAAGCAUUACAGGAAAAAAAGAUUCCACUUAAGCAGUUCCCUACAUUUUAUUAUUCUAGAGUCUGGAAAAUUUAUGCCCAUUUUAACCACAUAGAUGUAUUUAUAAGCGGGAUAAGUUAACAAUAACAUGUAAUACAGCAAAUGGCCACUAGAUGUCACCUUUUCGAGAGCAUUCAUGUAAUAUGGAAAAGGUUAAUGGGAAACAGGUUUGCCUGAAAAACCUUCCUUCUAGUUACCACACACGUAAUUCCUAAAACACCAGGCUGGCUUUUACAGCCUUCAGAAUGCUGACACUUGUGGACAAAAACCAACCAACUUGCAUGUCCAGUGCCUGUGUGGGAAGGCUAAGGUGGGGGCUCAAAGAGAUGCAGUCUGAGGUGCCGAAGUGAGUUGGUCAAAAUAACCCCAGGAGUCUCAAAAGAUUUUCUCCUCACAAGUGCAAAGGGCUGCUCCUACAUCUAAACAGGGCACCAGAAGAGAGGCAGCUGCGACAGGCAACGCCAGUUCUCAGCCAUGCGCAAUCUGAGAGCGGGGCAGCGGUGUUUAGUCAGCAAAACCUUCCCGGUCAACAGCAUCUGCACCCUGUUGGAGAAUAACUAUUUCCCUCACUGUUUAUCUAUAAUAAUAGGGUCCCUGAUACACACUGUCUUAUAUUAAUUGCUUUAAUUCUUGACCACAUUUCCCAAAAACAGGAUUAGUAAAAAUGACAGCUAAAUCACACAUUUUUAUUAUUUCCCAAAAAUUUCUCCCCGGACCCUCCCCCCCCCCAAAAAAAGAAAUGGACUGCAGAUAUCCUAGACAGGAUGCUCUACACUAUCCUUAGUGCAUGUAAGCAAUGGAAUGGUUGGCCGGUGAUUAGUAACAUCCAUGAGGAAAGAUUUUUUUUUCAAAGCCUGAUUCAUUUUAUUUGGGCUCAUCUACUUCCCUGGAUCUCUUUAUGGGUUUAAGAAAAUUAAAGUAUGUGGCUGGUGAUGCUGGCUUUUCUAGAGAACAUGACGAUUCUCCCCCUAACCGCGCCUGUAAUAUGAAAUCCUGGCUUCUCUCUUUUCCAUAGCCUCAGAAGCCACAGAGGCAAGAGAACUUCCUUGUUUUCCUGGAAUCAUUUGCUAAUCUUGACCUUUACAGACUCCAUUUGCACAUUUGGUCCAUGCUGCAUUGUACAUAGAACCUUCCAUCUGAUACACUUUAUAAGUUCCUAUCAAUUAGUGACACCCGAAGUUGCUGUCCCUUACUCCAGGUAACCUCACCUGCCCAACCUCCCCCGAUUCCUCCAGCCCAGUCAUUUCCUCAUCUGUGUGACAUCAUUCCUCAUCUACUUAUCACAUUGAUUUAUAAUAAUUCGCUAA